CGAGAGACAGUUUCGUUAUCUUUGACAAAACACACGUGAACGCUAUCUUCACGAAGCGGGAACGAUUUUGCAUUGUUUGUUCUUAUUUCAUCGAUCAGAUCUAAGCUGUGAAAAUGGCGUAUAAAGGGCAGAAGGUCCAGAAAGUGAUGGUCCAACCGAUUAAUUUAAUUUUCAGAUAUCUUCAGAAUAGGUCAAGAGUUCAGAUCUGGUUGUACGACCAAUCAAAUCUCAGGAUCGAAGGGCAUAUCAUUGGUUUUGAUGAAUACAUGAAUGUAGUACUAGAUGAUGCAGAGGAGUAUCACAAGAAGAACAAGACAAGAAAACCACUUGGACGGAUAUUACUGAAAGGGGACAACAUCACAUUGAUUCAGAAUGUCCAGCAGGCUGCGUAGUAGUACCUCAACAGUGUCACCUUGUAUAUUAUACCAUUAUGGAACGAAUCAUUCCUGUCCUGUCUUGUAACUUCAACAUUUAUUGAUGAACCAGGGCCCCCCUUACAAAGAGUUUUGAUUGUU